GUUUUGUUGUGGUUUUGUGCUCCUGACCUUUUGAAUACUCUGUGUCUGUGCUUUUGACUUGUGUAUAUGUUUUAUGGUCCUGACUGCGGAAGAUGGCUGAAAAAUGCCGCUAAAUAUUUUCAAUUUCAUUCUAUUUAUUUGACAAAAUCUGUAAAAAAUGGAAAUCGAAAUAGGUUUUUGUGAUUUUUGUGGAGCAGAUCGAGUGUUAUGUGAAAUCAAAAGACAUACAUUCCAGAAGCUAAUACGGAAUCUAUUCAACCAGCAUGUACGUGCUGAAGUUUUGGAAGAUCUGUUCGAAUCAUUGAAACUCUGUCCUCUUUGUCACGAAAAGUGUAUACUUUUAAAUGCACAGUAUAAAGCUAUCAAUUCUUAUAAAAAAGGCAAAAAGAAUGACAACUGUAUAAUGUGUGGCAAUGAGGAUGAAAUAUACAAAAUACAAGACUGGUCUCACUUCAGCAGCAUAUCAGAAGAUUUCAGUUUUGAAGCUGAAACAGUUCCAAUAUGCUCAGCUUGUUUGGUUUACAUAGAUCAUAGGAAUACCAUAAAGCAACAUCUUUUACAAAAAAAUCAUAAAUAUGGUCAGUCUCCUACAAAAGCAAAAAAGAGAGCAGAUGAUUAUGACGUUUUUAAAGUACCACAAGCACCAAGACAAAAGUCUUCUCCAAAAUUAAACAAGAGGAAUAAAAUUCUUAGGCAGCAGAGGGAAGUGUCAAACAACACUCUAAUUAGUGAUUAUAAGUUUAAUUCUACUGUUUAUGUUAAAUUAAUUAAUUGUGACCUCAAUAAGCUUAACAAUAGUUAUUCAAAUAAUAAAAAUGAAAGGACAGAAUUUAUGAACAAUAAGGAAUUUGAAAUUGUCGGUUCAAGUUCUAAUACCAGAAAAUCGGCAUUUAAAAUAAAAUUCAAGUCCCUUCCAACUAUAACAAAAUCACCUGCCCCAAGAAGGUCCAAUUCACAUUCCAAAAUCAUGACAUCAUCACAAACUUCUGAGACAUCUGAAUUGUCCCCUAAAACAGUUAGACAGUUAUUAGCAAAACAUGAUAUGUCAAAAGAAAUAUCAGUUUCAAUUUUAAGGGAAGAUCUUGACAAAAAACGAAUGUAUAAUGAAAUCGUCAUAUGUGACAGUGAUGAUAAUGAUAUGGAUGCAGUAGUCAAAGAUAUAAUAAAUAGAAUAUCAGAUGAAAGUGACCCUCUUGAUAUAUCGGAGCACAAAGAAAAUGAAGAAAGUGAAACUAAACCGUCAAGAUCAUCCAAGAGGGUUAAAUUCGAUGUAGAUGAAGCAUCUGAAGAUGCCAAAACAGCAAGAGGAAGAAAGGAUAAAAAUUCUCUCAAAGGCAGAAAAAACAAGAUGAACAAAAGAAAUUUAGAUGAAGAAUGCAUAGAGGGAGAAAAUCGCACAGAUGAAGAUGAUAAAAUAGGGAGAACAAAUAAACAGAAAACAUCUUCCAAGAGAGAUAAUAAUGGAAGUAGUUCAGAUGAAAACGCAGAUGAAGAGGCGGAUAUUGCCAAAACAAAACGAGCAAGAAGGGGCAAAAAUAUUAUGAAAGGGAGGAACAACAAAAAUGAAGAACAUUCAGAUGGAGAGGAAGACAAGAAUAAAGAUAAAUGUGCUGAUGACAAAACACAAACAAGAAAGGUCAAAGGGAGAAAAGUCAAUAAAAAGAAGGAAUGUUCAGAAAAAGAGGAAGAUAACACUGAUGCUGAAGUAAAGAAAUCAACAAAAGUGAAAACAAAGUUUAACAGGAUUAGAAAUAAAGAAAGCAGUUCUGAUGAAAAUGACAGUGAAUCAACCAUUCAACAGAAAUCUAAGAAGUUGAAAACUCAAGAAGAUGAUGAAGAUGGAGACACUAAUGAAACUCAGACAGUGAAAAAGAAAAAUGAAGAAUCAGUUGUGGAUCAAUCAGAUGAAAAUGAUAGCAAAACAACUAGCAAGCAGAAAUCUAAAAAGUUUAAAGCUCAAAAAGAUGAUGAGGGAAACAAAUCAGAUACAAGUGAUACAGAGUUAGUGGAAAAGAAUGAAGAAGAAGAUGUGGAUGAAACGGUCAUUGAAAUUGACAAGAGAAGUAGUAAGCAGAAAUCUAAGAAGUUAAAAUCCCACACAGAUGAUGAAGAUGGUAACAUAUCAGAUACUAGUGAAACAGAGGCGGUGAAAAGGAAGGAGGGAGAAUCAGAUGUAGAUGAGUCAGAUGAAAAUGGCAGCGAGACAACCAGAAAGAAGGAAUCUAAGCCAAAGGCUCAAAAAGAUGAUGAGGAUGGAAACAAAUCAGAUAUUAGUGAUACAGAGACAGUCGAAAAGAAGAAUGAAGCAUCAAAUGCAGACGAAUCAGAUGAAAAUGACAGCAAGCAGAAAUCUAAGAAGUUGAAAGCCCAAAAAGAUGAUGAGGAUGAAAACAAAUUAGAUAUUAGUGAUACAGAGACAGUCGAAAAGAAGAAUGAAGGAUCAAAUGCAGACGAAUCAGAUGAAAAUGACAGCAAGCAGAAAUCUAAGAAGUUGAAAGCCCAAAAAGAUGAUGAGGAUGAAAACAAAUUAGAUAUUAGUGAUACAGAGACAGUGGAAAAGAAGAAUGAAGGAUCAAGUGCAGAUGAAUCAGAUGAAAAUGAUAGCAAGACAACCAGCAGGAAGAAAUCUAAGAAGUUGAAAGCCCAAAAAGAUGAUGAAGAUGGCAACAAAUCAGAUUCUACUGAAACAGAGGCAGUGAAAAAGAAUGCGGGAGAAUCAGAUAUGGACGAGUCAGAUGAAAAUAGCAGUGAGACAGCCAGGAAGAAGAAAUCUAAGCUAAAGGCUCAAAAAGAUGAUGAGGAUGAAAACAAAUCAGAUACUAGUGAAACAGAGGCAGUGGAAAAGAAUGCGGGAGAAUCAGAUGUGGAUGAGUCAGAUGAAAAUAGCAGUGAGACAACCAGGAAGAAGAAAUCUAAGCUAAAGGCUCAAAAAGAUGAUGAGGAUGAAAACAAAUCAGAUACUAGUGAUACAGACACAGUGGAAAAGAAGAAGGAACAAUCAGGUGACAAUAUUGAGGAGUCGGAGGAUGAGAAUGGUGAAAAAGAUUUUUCUCUGACCGUUGAAGAUUCCUCAGACAAAGAGGAAGCUGAUGGAGUGGAAGCAAAAGAAAAUAAACAAGAGAAGAAAAAUGAUUUUGAAAUAGAUCUGACUGAAGAUGAUUCACAAAGGUUAGAUUUGACUGAAGAUAAUUCAAAAAGAAUAGAUUUGACUGAAGAUGAUUCACAAAGGAUAGAUUUGACUGAAGACAAUGAACUUGAAAAUCAUGAGGAGGAACAAAGUAAACAAGAAAAUGGAGAUAAUGAAGACAAUUGCAUAAAUAACAAAGGUGAAAAUAUUGAUACUGAAGACAGUAAAUUUGAAGAAAAAGAUAAGACUGAAGGUGAUGGAGAUGGUAACGCCAAAAAACGAAAAUCAGAUGACGAAAUAACUAAUGACGCAAAAAAACCAAGAAUUGAUGAUACAGAGAAAGAAGAUGAAGAUAAUGCUGAAACCAAGAUUGAAGAUGAAACUUUGGGGAGCAAUGGUCAUGACGAUGGUGAAAAUGAACCUUUGAACUAUGAGCACAGUGAAGAAGACGGUUGUACAGAAGACAGGUGUCAUGAUGUCAGUAGCAAUGGGACAGAAAGGAAGAAGAAAAGAGUCACUUUCAGUGAUGAUAGCAAUGUUACUAUCGAUUAGACAUGACUAUUUUUUAGUUGUGUUAAGAAUUGCUCAGCCCAUGCAUGUGACAGUUGUACUUUAGAGUUGGGCAUUGUCCAAUUGUUUGAUUUUAUCCUAGUUGAUUUGAUAGUAUUACUUGCAAAAUAAGUUGAUGUUUACAAAUAGAUUGAAUCAAAUUUUCAAGUUUUAUAUCAUCAUCUACUUGAAUCUGUAAAUUUGACUAGUUCUCCUUCUUUUUUAUUUAUAAUUUAAAAGCAGUGUUUCCUUCCUUUAGAUCAAGGGUCGGCAACACUCGGCUCGCCGGUUCUCUGCUUACCUCCCACGUCUUUAUUGUAUAGGCCUAUAUAUAUAAAUAAUUAAUUAUAAUUACGCACCCAAUUGCAUAAAAAAUGUAUAAAUUGGCUGUUUAUGUUUCCGUUAUUGUUCCUCAUUUUUUACAAAUAAAGCAAUAUAAAACAAUUUUAAUUCCACAUUGAUGUUUUUUUUAUUUAGUCACCUUGUGGCUCUUCGCUCCUAAAGGUUGCCGGCCACUGCUUUAGAUGAUAGAAAGACAUGGUUGUUGGAAGGUCCAUACAAACCUUUCAAGGGCUGAUAGUACAUCCUAUUUGGAACACGUAUCUUAUACUUUUCGAGUUCAUAAUUUAGACACUUUACAACCUCAAAAAUAAUUUAGUACAUAGUAGUUUAUAAACAUUGAAAAUGUCCUUUAGUCUUUUUCAGACACUAAGACCCGAUUUUACUAUUGACCUGCUGAAUGAGAAAGAGUUUUUGAAGUAAUGCAAAUUUGCAUAUGUAAUGUCCAGGGUAAAUAAGAAAAAGUGGAUGCACUUUGCAUACAACAUACUGUGGCUGAUAGAUUAUAAAAUUUUUGGAUGUUUUGUUAAAUAUGUUGUAUGAUAAAAAUACAGGGUUUGUCCGGAAAGUAAUAGGACUGAGUCGAUUUAAAAAAAUGUAUUGAGCCAAUCGUUACAAUUCUUUAAAAACUUUCAAAAUAGGAUCCUUCUGCGUCGAUGCAGCGCGAUUUCCAAGCAUUGAAGACGUCACGGAAGGCAUUCUCCGGAAUAGCGUUGAGAGCAUGCUGCUUGGAUCCCCUCUAUCGUCUCAAAAUGCCUUUCAUCGGCCUUUUCAGGCGAGGAAACACAAAAGUCCGGGGGGCCACAUCUGGGCUGUAGGGCGGCUGCGGAAGCGUUGGGAUGCCCGGCCUUGGUCAGGUAACUGUUCACAAGAAAGGCGGUGUGAGCCGGGGCGUUGUCGUGGUGCAACUUCCAGUCGGCUGCGAUGUCUUGUCGGACCCGACUGACCCUUCGUUUAAAUUUCCUGAGCACUUCCACGUAAAACUUGGCGUUGACGGUUUGUCCAGGAGGAACAAAUUCAUGGUGAACGAUGCCUUUGAUGUCAAAAAAGACAAUGAGCAUCGUUUUCACUUUGGAUUUGCUCAUUCUCCCCUUUUUUGGGUGAGGAGACGCCGUCGUGUGCCACUCGGAAGAGUGCCUCUUUGUCUCGGGAUCAUACUCAAAGAUCCACGACUCGUCACCUGUGAUUACGUUAUUCAAAAGUUGGGGGUCACUUUCACACAUGUUCAAAUUUUCUUGGCACACUUCCACUCGCCGCAAUUUCUGGUCGUCAGUGAGCACUUUUGGGACCAUCUUCGCGCACACCUUGCGCAUGUUCAAAUGCUGUGUCACAAUGUCAUGAACCACAGAUUUUGGUAAAUUUAACAUCUGGGCAAUUAAACGAAUACUUAGUCGACGGUCUGAGUUCAAAACUUUGCGCACACGAGUCACAUUAUCGGUGUUUGUCGAACUCGAAGGUCUUCAUCAGCGACCUCUUCCCGGCCUGGUGCCACCGAAACACACUACUUCUUGCUAAAGCAACACCUGGGUAAGCCUGCUUGAUCAUAUCAAACGCAGAGUUACUGAGUUUCACAGAGAAUUUAAUCGCGUACCACUGCUCUAACGAACGCUGCAUUUUCGGCUUGCACCACUCACAGAAAGACGUAGGUAGCGCGAAAAUGCCUGUUCUGACUCUAGAAGUGUUGGGAGACAACUGACCAGCCGCUCAUUCGUUAGCUAGGAACGCCCUUUACCGAAUCCAGUCGGUGCGCGCAAGCUCCGAAGUACUGUCAUGGCGGAAGAAAAUUAGUCCUAUUAUUUUCCGGACAAUCCCUGUAUAUUUGCCGGCAGGCGAAAAUCUAAGAUUCACUGUACAGAUUUUCUGAGGGAUAACAUGUCUUUUUAUUCAGUAUAUGACGUUACAUCACAACAGAGCCAAACAUUGACAGGUGAUAGCCGAAGCGUCAUGACGUUAGGCAACACGUACAGCUGAAGAACGAGUGCACAUCAAGUUCCACGUUCACAUCGUAUUGUAAAGCCUUCAUAGUGCCACAAAAAACCUAUAUAAUGUAAAAAAAAACAACAUAAUGUCAAUUUUCAAGAUACCCCUGCCGGUGGUAAUUCGAAAUUUCUCGAAUAAAUCAAAUAGAGUUGUUUUUAUUAAGGACGAAGUCUUUUUAGUUUAGUUUGCUUACUUCAUUCUGACCAAAUGUCCUUGUAACGUUUCUUCAAAGGUAACUGCAUUCGAGUUAUCAGCGAUAUAAUAUAUGAAAUGGGCAUUUAUAGUGAUUAAAAACAAGGUUAUAAGCUAUUAUUUUUGAGGUUGCUGAGAGUUGUCUAAGGUAAAGUUCAAAUCUUCCCCUACAAGACAAUUUUCGAAGAAUAAAGUGCUUCAUAGUAAGAAAAUUAUUCAUAUACCUAAAUCACAAAAACAUUAUUUCUUAUGCAUUUUCGCGCGUUUGCUUCGUAUUCCUAUCAGCUUACUGAAACUAUUUCGGUUCCAUAGUACUCUGUAGUUUUUCAAAAGAUUUCUGGAAAACUAAAAUGACAAUUCCCCACAUUUGAAAUAUUAAAAAAAACCUCUCUGCAUUAUUGCCAUUAAGUUGUUGGGACGCUGAAUUUGGUAUUCGACAUCGAUCCAAGUGACUGUGAUUUAGAUCUAACUGCAUGUUUGAUGAUCUAGCUUAAAAAUACGUGACCAUUAAGGCUAUUUUUGUCCUCGAAAAAAGCUGAUCUCUUUGGACUGUCGUUACUCCAGCUGUUUCCUGCCUAUUGUACGUUUUUCUUGGAGUAGCUGGUAUUUCUCCCCUCUCAUAUCGCCCAAAUACAGUAGCUUCCGGCUAGCUAUGUUCCGUAGACUAUUUUUUUCGAUAACUUGGAAACCAUUUAUAUAGAAAGACACUAAGAUAAAUGAGAAAAGUAACAGAUCGAUGAAACUGCUCUUCAUUAUCGAACAAGCGAAGAUAUAUCACACAAUUUUAUCUUUUUUCCGGUAUUUCAAAAAAAUUGCACGUAACUCAAAAACGGUUCAACUUUGUGUCGCCAAAUAGAAUCUUCUAUCAAUCAUUUAAAGGUUUUAUUGAACUUUUGAACACCCUGUAUAACCAUGGCAAGUUCUAUAAGGUUUGUUCGUACAGUGGUCGGUGACUGUAUCUGGGAUCCGGCGGUGUGAAUUCCGUUUAUGUGGCGUCGCAAAGUGAAUGGAAUUUGUGCGAGAUCUUGGACACGAUCACUGGCAUGUUGACGACUACUGUACGAACAGGACUGUUGACGUACACUAUACCAAUAAAGUGACGAUACUAUGAUAUACACAUCUCUUAGUUUUUACUUGUACAUAGAUAUUUUGUCACGCAUUUUGUCAUGAGAAGAUUGACUACAGCUCAACAAAAACACAUAUGUUACAUAAACGUUUUGCUGAAAUAGUUUAGAACAUCAUCAACAGAUAUUGUUUUGUAUUUGCAUGACUCCAACUUCUAAAUGUGAGCUGUACUCAGUUUGUCGUAAUAUCCUGUCUUAUUUGUUCUGCUUUAAGCAUUAGAUGGAUUGGGUAGUAUAAUUGUUAUAUUUUUUUGUCCUAAAAUGUUAUAGUUCGUGGUCAACCAAAUUAUUCCAAAAUGUUAAUAUCUAUAAUUUUUUAUUUUGUUUAAUAUAAUAAAAAUAUAAAAUAAUUUAAUAUAAUAUACGCAUUGCACUAUUUAAUAUGUUGAAUUCACUUGUAGGGGAAAGCGGGGCUAUACCGUAUACUUAACCGAGAGUUGUCAGUGGUAAGCUAAUAUUAAGUAUAAAAAUAUAAAAAACAUAGCAACUUGGACCAUUGACUCCUAAUUAUACCUAAAGAAAUUGGAAUCGUUCCAGUGUUUACAUUUUUAAAUUAAAUUAUCGAAAGUGUCCCUGUACGAAAUAGUCCCGGGGUUCGGGGCUACACCGUACAGUAAAACAAUCAUCUGUUUAGGGAAGUAAAUAAUAGUAAGUAAUGCUAUAAACUAUUAAACAAAAAGAUUUUAUUACUUAUUGAGACAUCCAGUAAGAAACACUAUAUGAAACUUUUGUUAUUGGUAUUUAGUUUAACUUACAAAAGUAUAAGAAAUGUUAACUUUUAUGAAAAAAGUUAUAAAGUUGAUAGAAAAACGUAUUUAAGGUUUAUACAGAAUAUACAUUUAUACAGAAUUCACAAAUAAAGUUAUCUGCAGACUCGGCUCCACUGCAAGCCGAAUGGAUCCACCCAGCGCAUGAGCAGCACCUAAACCAGAGUUCUUUGUCCGUGCCAAAAUCUCCGCACAAAAGGCACACAUCCUUCGAGCCUGGGGCUGCUCUUGUUAAUCCUUUUUGUAGAAAUGAAUUCUUUGGGUCCAUAUCGUCCAAGUAAUCAUCUUGGCAAAUGUCUUUUAUGUCAGUGGGGUCAUCUUCUGAUGAUCAAUCAUCAAAUCUAGUGUUUCUUCGAUUUUUUGACUUCCCAGAUCCUGCUGUCUUGAAAUUGAGGCUUCUUGGCUCAGAGUUUCCUAUAGUUUUACUUUUGGGUUUUGUGUUGUCUUGUUUUGAUAUUUUCUUCCCUUCCUUUUUAAAUUUUAUCUUUUCUUGUAGUUGUUGAAUCUUUUUCUUUAAUGCUUUCACUGUAGCUGACUCUUUCAGUUGUGCUUUAUUUAGGGACUUCGUAAAAAUAACUGAACGUUGUUUUCUUGAAGUUAUCUUCGCUAUUUUAGACUGAGGCGUGGGACAAAGAGAUGCUAAAUAAAGUAAUAUCUAAUGGCUGAAGGUGAUGUGACGAGUGUGGCUGUAGUGUCACCACAAUUAUUCCAUACUCCUUGCAAACAUUGUACGCUGUUAAGGUAGUGUGGGUUUUGUGGUUAUCCAUUACGAGAAGAACAGGCUGCUCUUUAGUUGGCUUAGCAUGGAAAAUAAAAUGGUGCAACCAGGUGACAAAUAACUCUUCAGUUAUCCACCCGUUAUGACUGCAAUGGUAAAUUGCGUUUGGUGGUCCACGUUUUGCCAAAUUAUGGCUCAUUCUUUGGCGAGGGAAGAUGAACAUUGGUGGAAUAUAUUCACCAGCAGCACUCAUUAUACAGCUCACAGUGAUAUUUUUCCCCCGUUCCCAGCUUGUAGCAGCACCCACUUGCUUAAUUCCUUUCGGGCCUAAAAUCUUUCCUGGUUUUUGGACCGUGGAGAUCCCCGUCUCAUCAAAAUUAUAUAUCCUCGAGGCCGUAAACUCGUAUUUGUCCAUUUCACAGUUGUGGUUGUAGAAAAAAAGAUCCACUUCUUUAUUGAACGCAGUUAUUCGACUCAUGCUUGUUGCUUCUGGUUUGCGAAUGCUGAUUCUUAAGUUCCGCUUCAAAAAUCCAUUAAACCAAUCUUGCCCUGCUAAUUUAGCUGAUUUGUUAAAUUGGUGUGGAAUGCAAUUUUUCUCAGCAUACUCGAACACUAAGCGGCGAAGCUCAACCGAAGAAAUGCCGUAAAACUUGUUCUGCAAUUUCAUUUUCUUGCUCUUGUGUGAAUACAGGUAUAUGCCCUAAAGCUAACUUUUUAGAGAUCACGAGUCUUAAGUCUAUCACUCAAGGUCAUAACUGGAAUGUUAUAAGCCCUGGCUGCUUCUCUUAGUUUUUUCACGUUAUUUAUGACGUCAUGGCUAGCUGCCUUCAUUUCUUCUUCCGUCCAUUUGGCUCUUUGGGUUGUCCUUUUAUAUUUUCGGACCAUCUCUUAUUUUUCACUGCCCCAAAAUUAUAAGAGAACAUAAAAAACAAGUUUUUUCACCGUCACACUGGUACUUUUACCCACCGGAACGAACUCAAUCCUGCAAAAUUGCGCGUUCUGCCGCUAGGUUGCGACACUGAUCGGACUCGUCUAGCUAAAAAUCUAGAGACGAAAAACGGGUGUACGGUUUAGCCUCGUUGUACGGUAUAGCCCCGCUCUCCCCUAAUUUUGCGCUCUUGUAGUAAGACCUUUGUACAUAAUUUGUAGCAGAUCGAACAUUGCUGUAAUUUCAGGUUAUAUAUUAAAGAGCAACUUUUUCAA